UCCCUUUAAGUUGCUAAUCAAUUGCAGAAUAGAUAAUGAUUGCUGAUGAAUCUAAUAAACCUCCGCCAAGGAAGGAUAGAUUGAUUGAUGGAUUGAAGGAGGUUUACAAUAGUUUUGCAUCCAGUACAUCAGCUCAUGGGUUCCACUGGACCAUCAGUAGUGCAUCCAUUUACAGGAAGAUAGGGUGGACUAUUCUGGUCAUUUUCUUCUGUAUAUUUGCUGUGUAUACAUCAUACAAAAUGGGAGAGGAAUAUAUUUUUGGGUCUGGGUACACUACGGAUAUCGAUAUCGUUCAACAAAGUGUUUAUGCUCAGGGAGUAGUGAUGCCGGAUUUUAUCAUCUGUGACCCGAACCCUUGGGAUCUAGAGAAGGCCAAGAAUGUUGGAGUGUCAAUAGAUAUGGUUUCCUAUCUAUCCUACUUUAUCUACCCAGACUACAACCCGGACUUAUCUCCAGAAACUUUGCAGAAAGAUCUAGAACUAGAAUAUAGAAAGGAAGUUUCUAGAUUUGGAAGCUUUGAAAAUCUUCUAGGAAACGUUACUAGAUCCUGUGAGGAGUUUGUGAAAUGGUGCAGGAUAGGAUUAGGGAAGAAUAUGAAGGAGGAAUGCUGCAGUAGAAUACUGGAUACUGGUAGCUACGUCAUGGAAGGAAGAAGAGUAUACUGGGGUAUGUGCAAGGCAAAAUAUAAAGGAGGAAUGCUGUAGUAGAAUACUGGAUACUGGUAGCUACCUCAUGGAAGGAAGAAGAGUAUACUGGGGUAUGUGCAGGGCAAAAUAUAAAGGAGGAAUGCUGUAGUAGAAUACUGGAUACU